AUGGGAGCUCCUCUGGACGGAGUUGAGAGUUAUAGCCGCCGCGCCGGAGCUUUCUCCGGCGACGAUCGCCGCUUCCUGAAACAUGUUCACGAUAAUGUCCACGGCAACAUUUACCUCGAUCCUCUCUCCUUGAAGUUUAUCGAUACUGAACAAUUUCAGAGGCUUCGAGAUCUGAAGCAGCUUGGUCUAACAUACAUGGUUUAUCCUGGGGCAGUUCACUCUCGCUUUGAGCAUUCGCUUGGGGUUUAUUGGCUGGCCAAUGAAGCAAUGGAUAAACUGAAGAAAUAUCAAGGCUUGGAGCUUGGCAUUGAACCCAUUGAUGUUCAGACUGUUAAACUAGCAGGGCUACUGCAUGAUGUGGGACAUGGGCCGUUCAGUCACAUGUUUGAACGGGAGUUUCUUCCAAGAGUUACUGAUGGCUGCAAAUGGUCUCAUGAAGAAAUGUCUGUGAAGAUGAUAGACUAUAUUGUUGAUGAGCAUAACAUUGAUAUUGAUUCUGAGAAUCUUAGUAGAGUCAAGGAGAUGGUAGUUGCGUCUGAGAAAUCUGCAUCAUCAAGGAGCUCAAAGGAAAAGAGUUUCCUGUAUGACAUUGUUGCAAAUGGGCGCAACUCCAUAGAUGUUGACAAAUUUGACUAUAUAACUCGCGAUUCCCGUGCUUGUGGUCUCGGCUGCAGCUUUGAAUUUUCAAGGCUUUUUGAAACAAUGCGAGUUAUAGAUGAUGAGAUUUGCUAUCGAGCUAAGGAAUAUCUCACUGUCCACAAGUUAUUCUCUACUCGAGCUGACAUGCAUAGGACUGUUUACAUGCAUCCUAAAGUAAAGGCCAUUGAACUGAUGUUCGUUGAUGCUUUGGUGAAAGCAAAUGACUCUCUUCAAAUUGCAUCGUAUAUUGAGGAUCCUGCCGACUAUUGGAAGUUGGAUGACACGAUACUGAAAACCAUCGAAACUUCUUCCGACCAAGGUUUGAAGGAAUCCAGGGAUUUGAUUCUUCGCAUCAGGAGAAGGGAUCUUUAUCAGUUUUGUAACGAGUUUUCUGUUCCAAAAGACAAACUUGAUCACUUCAGAAAGGUUUCUCCCAAAGAUAUAAUCUGUUGCCAGAAAUCUGAUGGUAUUUCCCUGAGUGAGGAUGAUAUUCAUGUGACCAAUGUCAAGAUUGACUUGACUUGUGGAAGGAAAAAUCCACUUGAAAGCAUCAACUUCUUCAAGGACUACGAUUGCAAUGAGAAAUUCCAUAUUGAAGAUGAUCGUGUCAGCCACCUGCUACCAACAUAUUAUCAAGAUAUGAUAGUGCGUGUAUACGCCAAGAAACCUGAAUUGGUGGAGGUAGUUUCCGAGGCUUUUGAAAAUUUUCAGCUUAAAACCUAUGGGAUGAGGGCCCAAGUCCAUUCAACUCCGGAGAGGAAGAAACGCCCAAAAAUGCGUCCGCUGUGA